GCAGGUCGGCUGUCGACGCACGAGCGGCGGAUGGCGCGGAUGGCCGAGCGGGUGCAAGCGCUGGAGGCCCAGAACAUGGGCGACAAGGAAUGGUUCAUGCGCGGAGAGGCCAAAGCAGGGGCGCGGCCGCUAAACAGCGCUCUGGAGGUGGAUUUGGAUUUUGAGCGCGCGGUGCGGCCGCCACCGCAGCCGACCGAGGAGAUCACGGCGUCACUGGAGGACCUGAUUUGCGCGCGCAUCGCCGAGCACAAUUUUGACGACGAAUACGUGCGCGCAGCCGCCGGCGGCGCGGCUACAGAUGACCGGGACGAGAAGGUGCGGGCUGAGGCGCGCGGACUGGUGAAGCUGCUGUUUGCCAAGCUGGACGCUCUGAGCCACUUCCACUUCGCGCCCAAACCAGUCAUUGAG